UUCUUCAUGUUCCCUUCUUUCAGGGUGUUUUGGGGACAGUAAUGUUGUCACACUCCUGAACAGUUUGAGUGUGUUAAGUAAUCGUGGGAAGAAUAGGAAAUGUGAUUUUCAUCAGUGCUACAUUUCACCCUCCUGAACUAGAGGGAAUAAUCACAGUAUGACGGGACAGGCUGCAGUAGAGCGGUCCCUCUCAGCUCACCGCCUCUCGGUCAAGAGCACGCUGGAGGAGGAACAGGACAGGGCAGAGACAACAAUAAGCAGGACUCAGUCAGUCUGUGAAGGAGAUGAUGAUACAUCCUCAGAGCUGCAGCGAGUGGCUGCAAUCGACCCCCAGGAUGCAGUAUCCAGAAACUCUUUCAGGGGCAGGGGGGCACUGUCCAGGCUGGUAAACCUGGUGGUCACUCUGAGGGAAUGGGCUCACAGGAGUCUGAUGGAGGAGGAACAGCGGCCUGACUCCUUCCUCGAGCGAUUCCGUGGCCCUGAGGCUAGACCUGCAACUGGCCAAGCCGCAAAUGACCAACAAGGAGCCAAUGGAGCCAAUACGAAGCCAACCUUCAAGGAGAUGUGGGAAAAAACUGUCAUGUCCCAAUCUGAUGAUGUUUAUUAUUAUUGGCUGUUCUUCAUUGCUUUGGCAGUUCUCUACAACUGGGUCCUUCUGGUUGCCAGAGCAUGUUUUGAUGAUCUACAGACUGAGAGCUACAUCCUAUGGCUGGUACUCGAUUACAUCUGUGAUGUCAUUUACAUAAUAGACUCCUUUGUGCGAUUAAGGACAGGUUACCUGGAACAGGGGUUGCUGGUGAAAGAGUUGUCCAAGCUGAGAGACAACUACAUCCGAACCUUCCAGUUCAAAGUAGAUGUUCUCUCCAUCAUACCAACGGACCUGGUCUACAUUGUCACAGGAAUCCACAUGCCUCAGCUCCGAUUUAACCGCCUACUCCGUUUCUCACGCAUGUUUGAGUUCUUUGACCGUACUGAGACACGUACCAACUACCCAAACACUUUUCGUAUAUGCAACCUAGUCCUGUAUAUCCUGGUCAUCAUCCACUGGAACGCAUGUAUCUAUUAUGCCAUUUCCAAGUCACUAGGGCUUGGAUCAGAUCAGUGGGUGUACGAUGCCACUAACAGAACACUCACUUAUUGCUACGUCUACUGCUUCUACUGGUCUACCCUAACACUUACUACCAUUGGGGAAAUGCCUCCACCAGUGAAGGAUGAGGAGUUUGUCUUUGUUGUCUUCGAUUUUCUGGUUGGUGUGCUGAUCUUUGCCACAAUUGUUGGUAACGUGGGUUCCAUGAUUGCUAACAUGAAUGCCACAAGGGCAGAGUUCCAGGCACGGAUUGACGCCAUUAAACACUACAUGCACUUCCGCAAAGUCAGCCGCAACCUUGAGACACGUGUCAUCAAAUGGUUUGACUACCUCUGGACCAAUCAGAAAGCAGUGGAUGAGCAUGAGGUUCUGAAGAACCUUCCAGACAAGCUGCGGGCAGAAAUUGCUAUCAAUGUUCAUCUGGAAACUCUGAAAAAGGUUCGUAUCUUUCAGGACUGUGAAGCCGGACUGUUAGUGGAGCUAGUUCUGAAACUGCGGCCACAGGUGUACAGCCCAGGCGACUACAUCUGCAGGAAGGGCGAUAUUGGGAAGGAAAUGUACAUCAUUAAGGAGGGACAGCUGGGUGUAGUGGCAGAUGACGGCGUGACACAGUUUGCACUGCUAACUGCUGGAGGGUGUUUUGGUGAAAUUAGCAUCCUGAACAUUCGGGGUAGCAAGAUGGGUAACCGUCGAACCGCCAACAUACGUAGCAUUGGCUACUCAGAUCUGUUCUGCCUCUCGAAGGAUGACUUGAUGGAGGCUGUGACAGAAUAUCCAGAAGCUCAGAAGGUUCUGGAAGAGCGUGGGAGAGACAUUCUGAAGAAGCAGGGUCUUCUGGAUGAAAGUGAUGCAGCUGGAGGGCUGGGCGAGAUGGAAACAGAGGAGAGGGUGGAACGUCUGGAUGCGUCUCUGGAUCUACUGCAGACACGCUUUUCCCGGUUGCUUGGGGAGUUCACUACAACACAGCGCAAGCUGAAACAGCGAAUUACAGCGCUCGAGCGGCAGCUGUGUCACACUGGACUCGGCCUGCUGUCGGACAAUGACAUGGACGGAGAAAAUGACCAAGUGUUUACACAUGCAGACAUACACAUGCAUGCAGAAGCACACACUCGGACUUCUACAGACCUAAACACUGCCUCAAACUCUGUGUCCAGGAGAAACUCAGAUGUGGAAGUGUCGCGGCCUCAACCAAAAAUAGGGCAAUAAAGUGAGACUGCUUCAAUGAAGUGCACAAAAUAAAGCUCUACAUGCAUGCUUAUGCUUUUCCACA